UAUAAGGCAGACAACACAGUUGACUUUGACAGCGCUACGAAUCUCGAGACAAAAUGUCCUCUGCGGACGAAAAUUCGGCUUUAAAAAGAAACUCUGUGCAUCAAACGAGACUUAGUCUCGAACUCCAGCAGCUGGAAAGAGAUAGAACGACUCGCAUGCGUGAAAUGGAGAAGGCAACUCAAGCGUUCGCACGGAGACAGGAACAAAUUCAGGGCAUACGAGAUAAAGCUUCGUUGCGAAGAGUUCCAAGUGCUCCACCUGCUCAAAACUAUUCCGGUCGCACGCCACUCAGUAAAAGCGUUCUUGCAUCUGAUUCAAAAGAAGAUUUGACCCUUCAACCAUUUGUAACCAAAAACGUAAGGCUGGAAAGUGCACCCUUGUCGAGAAAUCGUAGAGCACUUCACAAGACCGUGACAAUGCCUUCGAUGGACUUACUUCCAUCGCGUAGCAGUUUUACCGGCUCAUCUGGUCACUUGUUAUCUGUUAGUAGCGAUUCGACCCAAAAAGGAACCAGCCCGAACAAAACAGGAUUUUCAUCUCCGUUACAAACGCCUCCAAAUGGCACAAGAGUGCCAAUGUACAGUCGGAAUUUCUCAGGUGUGCGACAACGAAACGAGUUAAUGACAGCUAGCCUGCCACGAAGAAAGACCAGUUUACCUCUACUAUCUAAUGGCACAAGAACCACAAGAAGCAAAUCUGUGUCGUACUAGAUAAGAGAGCUCCGCUGAUUAAUAUUUUUAUAAAUCCAUCCUUUCUUAUCAUUUCCUCAUGAACUCUCAGAGAUAUCUUGUCAACUCCUUCUAGACGGGUACGUUUUUGACAUGAAUGUUUUCUCUUAAUUUCAAAACAACUUCUCUGAGGAGUGUGAAAUAAUCCAAUAUUGAUAUACUUAUCUAAACUAAAGGGAGUAUCGGUUGGUAUAUUAAACUUGAGGCGAGAAUAUUGAUCGUUUUUAUGAUCAUGUGGUGAGAAAUGUUACAUUACAAUCCUCAAGAAUUACCGCAAAACUGAGCAAAAUCGUAAAUCACCUUUGGUAAAAAAUAAGACUGUCUGACCUGGUAGAGUAGAUGGGGAUAUAGUAUUUAAGAGAGCAAAAGUUAGGUUAUAUGGUCAACACAACGAAAUUUAUUUUCCCGUGGGUUCAAUCUAAAGAAGCUAAGAAAUUUCUCUUGCUGAUAUUUCUGAGUGAAUUUCAGUCAAGUUUAGGUGCGAAAGUAUUGAAUGGCUUCUCAAAAUAUUGCGUGACUUUUAAUUUUAGCCGUCUUAAAAAUCGAGCGCCGUGAGUUCGCAAAUAGACACAGUUAAACAAAUUGGUUAUUUUUAUCUACAUGAACCAAUUAGAAGAUCUUUCCUUUGUUGUGACAUCUUAAGUUGCAAACUGUUGCACAACAGUGAAGUUGUCAAAUCAAUAUUAGAGGAAAACAAAAGACUUAUGUGUAACUCAGCGUCGUUGUUUCAGCCGGAAACGACGUGAAACGCAUUAAUAGGCUUUGUUUGAUUGCUUUUUGCGAAAGCGAUCGAGCUGUUAAAAAAACAAGAGUUUUGUAUGAAGGACAGUAAUUUGUUUUUUAUUGUUUUUUAAAAACAAGAGUGUGCUUUUUAUUAAUUCUUUCUAAUAUUUGUGUGUUUGGUAAAACUCCUGAACAAUUGAUCCAUUCCUUGUUAUGACUGAAUAGAUA